AUGGGGACGCGCCGAUGCCGGCCGCCAGGGGGCGGAAGGACCCAGCACAGCCCAGUACAGCCCAGUACAGCCCCGUACAGCCCAGUACAGCCCAGCACAGCCCCGUACAGCCCAGCACAGCCCCGUACAGCCCAGUACAGCCCAGUACAGCCCCGUAUAGCUCCAUACAGCCCAAUACAGCCCCGUACAGCCCAGUACAGCCCACACACGCAGGCGCCCGCAUCCAUCCCAAAGCCAGCAUUUAUUUGGGUGUGCUCCAGGCUGCGGGGGGGGGUGGGGGGUGGGUGGGUGUUGGGGUGAAA